GGAGGUGGUGCAAGCAAACUGUGUUCGCUGGAGAAAGAAAUUCUCAUUUAUGUGCAAAAUGAGUGCCAGUGCCUCCACCGGCAUCCUGGAUCCUUGUAUCUACAGAGUGUCUGUACGGAAGGAAUUAAAAGGUGGCAAAGCUUAUGCAAAGCUGGGCUUUGCAGAUCUAAACCUGGCAGAGUUUGCUGGAUCAGGAAAUACCACCCGUCGCUGUUUACUGGAAGGCUAUGAUACCAAAAAUACAAGACAGGACAAUUCCAUUCUUAAAGUUUGGAUCAGUAUGCAGCUGAUGUCUGGUGACCCAUGUUUUAAAACGCCUCCCUCCACAUCCAUGUCAAUACCAAUCGCUGGGGAACCCGAGUCUCUGGAGGAGGACAGAAAAGGUGGCGAGACUCUCAAAGUGCAUCUUGGAAUAGCAGAUCUUUCAGCAAAGAGUGCCUCUGUUCCAGAUGAACUUGGUGCCUGGGGACAUUCUAGAACAUCAAGCUAUGCAAGCCAGCAGUCCAAAGUAUCAGGGUAUAGCACUUGUCACUCCCGGUCAUCCAGUUUCUCCGAGUUCUGCCACCGAAGAAAUACCUCAGUGGGAAGUACAUCAACAGGGAUUGAGAGCAUUCUGGAGCCAUGUGAUGAAACUGAGCAAAUCGCAGCUGAACCAAAUCCUGACCCAGCCGAUAAAGAAGAAGAAGCCCCUGAGAAACUCACCAGGGGCCCGGUGAAGCAGGAUUCUGUUGAGUCUCAGCUAAAGCGGGUUGAUGACACCAGAGUGGAUGCUGAUGACGUCGUAGAGAAAAUCCUGCAGAGUCAGGACUUCAGCCUCGAUUCCAGUGCAGAAGAAGAAGGACUGAGGUUAUUUGUGGGGCCUGGAGGAAGUACCACCUUUGGCAGCCAUCACCUUCCAAACAGGGUAGGAUCUGGAGCCUAUGAGCAGGUUGUGAUCAAACGUUAGAGGUGACAUCGGCUGACAGAAGCUUCCCUGUGUAUGUGAGCUAUGGACAACAGGUGUUUCAGAGUGUUUUAGUCAAGCAUGUAAGGAAAACGACCAACCUGUUUUCAAAGUGAAGUUUAUCUGUGAAGAGGAAAGCAAUGCUGAUCCCUUCUCAAAGCCUCCUCCGCCAUCCUUUCCAAGACUCUCACCCGCUGAGGGAGCAUGUGAAUGGAGGGUGAAGGCCUGCCCUGCCUCAGCACCCAGUCUGCUGUGCUUUCGAGGCACCCCGGGGGAAGAUGGCACUAGACACAUCUGAGUGUGAUUGUGGUAUUCCAACAUGAAAAUCCAAGCCAGGGGUGCUCAACAGGUCUGGGCUGUGUUUUGAAUUUUACAUUUAAGAGACAGUAUGUGAGGUCAGUUUAAACCCAUAAAUGCUAUCAAAAUCAUUGUAAUUACUAUUGAGUAAAUCUUCCAUGUCCUGUUACCUAUAGCAUUGUACUAAGUAUAUUAACUCAUUUUAUGCAAUAAUUGACAGGAAGUGGUGUCAUGCUUUGGGAAAACGUUAUGACUUAAACAUUUUAAUUACUUCAUAAUUGUAAACGUAUCAGACAUAAGUCAAAUAUGACAGUUGUGUCCAAGUCUGAGACAGCUGGAUGGUGCAGUAUAUAUUGUUCCUUGUCACUAAUAUUAGAUGAACUACAAAAGCUGCAGUAGCACUCUGUAAGAGUCAAGGUAAGCUUAAUUAAUAAUCAGUAGGUUAGGCUACAUAGGCAGGCUAUGAGAAAAGCUGUUUCGUGAUCCAUUCAGUACUAAAACUUGCUGGUCUCAGCAGUCAGAAGCAAGACUGUGAGAUGAUCAGAAAAUGGCAUCCUUCCUAAGGAAACCAGACUUCCAUGAACUGACACUUACCGUGCCGUGCUAAUGGACAGACAUCAGAGCAGCUGCUUGACUGGCACUUUUCGUUUUCUUUACUGUUAGAAUUCUGCUGUCUGAAGCCAGAGUAGACUGUAGCAUACCUCUAAUACAGCUUUUCGGGUGCAAAUAUCUAGUCUGGAUCCAUGGUAACAGCACAGCACGUGAGCUGCAGUUUUUCUGGUUCUGGCAGUACCCAUGUAGAAAGAGCUGAACUUCUCUUAGCUGAAGAGAACUGUGAGGUGGUACAGAGCCAGCAAUGCCCCAGUCCUCACCUUCACAAUCAUGUCUGAGAACACACAGUAGGUCACAGAAUUACUCUGGCCAAGAUCUUUUUAUGUUGACAAAAUAAAGGGUAAAGUUACAAUGUUUGAAUAUCCAGAUUGGGAAGUUUGGAAAAUUGGAAGUGUUCACGUUAGAAUUUUUAUUUUAAUACCUCAAGAAUUGGAUAGUCUACAUUAAUCCAAAACUAUUUUUACAAAUAGAUACUUAUUUUUUAAAAAAAUGACACCGUGUUUUUAGAGUAUCUUGAAUACUAAGAGAAAAGGAUUUUCUGGAUCAUGUUAAGAUACAUUUGGAGGCUGGGACAUUGACAUGAGCAUCUUUGCCAGGGAGGAAGUUACCUAGAUGGGUGAGGACAUGCUAUCUCUUUUCAAGUGAACCAAUCCAUUGGAUGUUACAAAAAGAUCAAAGUUUUAACUACAGAUAAUGAGGAUAUUAUUUAGAGGUUUAUUCUGACAAUUUUAAAAGCAUAUUUUUCUAUUUUAGAAGUAUAAUUUCUAGGCUAUAUUUUUAUUGGCACUUCUGCAAAUGAUUUUGGAUUCUAAAGAUAAUAAUAACAUUGGAUUGUGAGCAUGACUCACUGAGACCACGCAUCAGACACACACAAGGUGCUGUAAUCAGGGCAGAGUCGCUGCCUUACUUAGCCUGGCUGCCCUUGGCCCUCUGUCUUUACACAAGAUUAGGUCUUGGUAUUUCAAAUGGUACAGAAUCCUUUUUUUAGAAAAAUAAAAGGUGUGGGGCUGGGGACUAUAGCUCAGUUGGUAGCAUGUUUACCUAGAUCACACAAAGCCUUGGGUUCAGGAUUCAGUACAUAAACUGUGUGUGGUAGUGCACACCUGUAACCCCAGCACUUGGGAGGUGGAGGCAGGAGGAUUAGAUGUUCUAGGUCAUUCUUAGCUCCUUAGAGAGUUAGGGGCCAAACUAGACUGUAUGAGACACUAUCUCAAAAAGGAAAAAUAAAAAUGUGAAGAGAUCUUGAAAAUUGUACAAAUUAUGCCUUUUUUAUUUUAGCAGCUACUAAAUAAUCAUUUAUAUAUUGUUAAGUAAUAAAAGAUCACUUAAUAAGUAGCAACAUUGAGUUGGGAGGGGAAAGACUAGCUGUGAUGCUCUAGUCAGCAGAAGUAUGGAUUCGCCUUUGCUAGUGUUCUGCAUUCAUACUUCAGUCCAGUCCUAUCAGAAUGUGAAGGGCUGCUCAAGUGCCUGCCUUCCUACUGUCAGUCUGUCAGCUACAAGGCUAGGUUAAAAGCUGUUUGCCAGGUACCGUCUACUUCUAAUUCUGCUUUGAGUUUAGAAAGCAAUAGACUUGGAAAAGUAGAGGCUUAACAAAUUACUUUUUUAAUAUUUAGGUCAAAUUUUCAAGUCUUAUCUUGGAGAAUUUUUAGGUAUGCAUUGUCUCCUUCUUCUGUCCUAGAGAAAAGACCAGCUGCACUCUUUAAAGCUAGUAUUUAUGAUGAGAAGAAAACAUCUAAAAUCUAAGACGGCACAGGCCAGUCAGGAGCACUCCUCCUGCCACAGGCUGUGAAGUAUAGGAAAAGGCGGGGAAGGCCCUGAGCCAUCAGUUUACACUUGAGUGUGGGCUCCCUCUUGUGGUGGUAUUGAAGGCUUCUGAGUACAAACAACUAAUGUAGAUGAACACUUUUGAUAGUAAAGUCUUGACCAACAACCCUAAAUCCUCCAUCUCAUUCCAGCGUAAAUCCAUGAGAAUAAUAUCCAAACUAGAUUCUUCUGUACAAGUUUUUUUGUUGUUGUUGUUUCACUUUGUUGUUGUUCUGUUUGUGUAAAACUGUGUGCCACAGAAGUUCACCACUUAACUCCUUUGUUACUAAAAGGAAAAAAGUAUCUUCAACUAGUCUCCACUCAAAACAUAUUCAAAUCCAGGCUCACACCUGUAAUCCCAGUACUUGGGAGGCUGAGGAAGGAGGAGCUAUGAGUUCAAGGAUAACCUGGGUUACAUGAUCUACUUGAGUUCAAGGGCAGUCUGGGCUCCAUGGUAAUCCUGAGCCCAAAAUGAGACCCUGACUCAAAAAAACCUUUUUUUUUUUUUAAAUCAGGCAGGCAGCACUGAGUUUUGAUGUCAAAGCAUCCAGAAGCAAUUCCAGACUCUCAGAUUUCCAUGUUAAAUAAACCACUUUUGAAGCAUAAGCUGACAGUUUCAUUAACUAUUUCACUGAAGGCUUCCGUGUUUAACACAAAUCUCUGAGAGACGCAGUGAGGUCAUAUGACGGGAUUGUAUUGUUUUCUUCACAAGUCUUUCCUGUGGGCAUUUCAGAAAUUCAGUUCUCUUAGAUGGUACGUCUUGUGAAUAUAAUCAAAUAGGGUAGUUGAGACUAUUAGGCCACUGUGCAUACUGGCUUAGUUAGGUACUGUGUAUAAUGUUAGUAAUUGAGUUGUAGGGAUGAAAUAUUUCUGUAGUAAGCCUAAGUUAAGACUGCCCUGGAAACAAGGCCUUAUUCCCUUCUCCAUGUGAUUUUCCUCAGAAUAUGUAUACACAAACUAUUUUAAGUGGUAAUAUGGGUGGUCUCUCCAUACAACAAACUUGAUUUUUAAAAAAUUGAUUUACAAUGUGUUCUGUAUUUUCAAAUGUGUAUGUUUAUCUUACUUAUAUAAUUAUUUCACCAAUAUUCACUGGCCAAAUUCAAUGUAAGGAAAGACAGACUAUAGAAGGAGUUGAUUGAUUUUGACAAUAUGUCUUGAGAAUUACCUUCUCUAUAUUAUUUCAAUCAUUUGGAGGUUUACAAUGUGUUUAUGAAAUGUAUUAUUAGUAGCUGAGGAAUAGCUCAGCAGUAAGGAACUUUCCAGCAUGUGCAAGACCUGGGAUUGGUCCUCAGUGCUGAAAAAAGGAAAAUGAAGUGAUUCCGUCAGUAUUCUGUUCUAAUACUUGGAGAAUGACCUUCAUAUGUAUGUAUUUUAUGUCUUAUGUUUUAACUAGACAGUGAUAAAAUCCAGGAAAUGUUUUAUAACAAAAUAAAGUUUUGUUUGUAAAAUAUUUGUAAUAAUGUAAAAGUGGAUCUUAUACAUGUUCAAUAAAAAGCAGUAUCUCAUCUUU